AUGAAACCCGCCAUCUUGUCGCGGCGAGCAGGAGAAGAAGAUAUGGCUGACUACAGCAGCGUGGCUCCGCCGUCCUCUAACGCCGGUGGUGGGAUGAACGAUGCUUUUAAAGACGCUCUGCAGCGAGCGCGACAGAUCGCAGCGAAGAUCGGUGGUGAUGGCGUUGCGGCACCUCCAACAAAUGAAUUUGGCUACGGAGGCCAGAAAAGGCCCCUGGAGGACGCUGGUGGGUAUUUUCCCAUGCCUAACCUGAAUAUCGACCAACCAGAGACGAAGAAAGUGGCUACGAACGACGCCUUUUCAGCAAUUGCAGGAAUGGGUGGUCCCCCAAGGUCAACGUCAGAAGAGUUCAAAGUUCCAGAUGGAAUGGUUGGAUUCAUUAUUGGAAGAGGAGGUGAGCAAAUAUCACGUCUGCAGCAGGAGUCAGGAUGUAAAAUACAGAUUGCCCCUGACAGUGGUGGGAUGCCAGAGAGGUCUGUGACAUUAACAGGGGCACCAGAAUCAAUCCUGACCGCAAAGAGGUUACUAACAGAGAUAGUUGAGAAAGGACGUCCAGCUCCAGCGUUCCACCACAACGACGGCCCGGGAAUGACUGUUCAGGAGAUUAUGGUCCCUGCCUCUAAAGCCGGACUUGUCAUUGGAAAGGGGGGAGAAACCAUCAAAAGCCUACAGGAAAGAACGGGAGUGAAGAUGGUCAUGAUCCAAGAUGGACCCCAAAACACAGGCGCAGACAAGCCACUCCGCAUUUCAGGAGAACCCUUUAAAGUUCAGCAAGCCAAAGAGAUGGUGAUGGAGCUGAUCAGAGACCAGGGCUUCAGGGAGCAGAGGGGCGAAUAUGGUUCGAGGAUCGGAGGAGGAGAUAGCUUAGACGUUCCCGUCCCCCGGUUUGCAGUAGGAAUUGUCAUUGGCAGAAACGGAGAGAUGAUCAAGAAAAUACAGAACGACACAGGCGUCAGGAUUCAGUUUAAACCAGAUGAUGGCAGCACACCCGACAGGAUAGCACAGAUCAUGGGUCCCCCUGACCAGGCUCAGCACGCGGCAGAGAUCAUAUCUGACCUGCUGAGGAGCGUCCAGGCUGGAGGACCCCCAGGACACGGCGGUGGCAGAGGACGUGGUCGUGGGCAGGGCAACUGGAACAUGGGUCCCCCCGGAGGCCUGCAGGAGUUUACCUUCACCGUCCCAACUAUGAAGACCGGCCUCAUCAUUGGAAAAGGUGGUGAGACAAUCAAGGGCAUCAGCCAGCAGUCAGGAGCCAGGAUCGAGCUGCAGAGGAAUCCUCCGCCCAACGCCGAUCCCAACAUCAAAAUGUUCACCGUCAGAGGAUCUCCUCAACAGAUCGACUACGCCAGGCAGCUGGUGGAGGAGAAAAUCGGGGGACCAGUCACUCCAAUGGGUGGCCCACAUGGCCCCCCUGGUCCACACGGAGGUCCAGGCCCACAUGGUCCCCCUGGACCACCUGGACCCCCCGGGGCUCCCAUGGGUCCGUACAAUCCUGGACCAUACAACCAGGGACCUCCAGGGCCACAUGGUCCUCCUGCGCCAUACCAGCCUCAGGGGUGGGGCAACGGCUACCCACACUGGCAACAGGGACAACCUGAUCCAAAUAAAGCAGCAGCUGAUGCCAACGCAGCGGCAUGGGCAGCCUACUAUGCUCAGUACAGCCAGCAGCCGCAGGCUCCCAUGACCCCAACAAGCGGAGCUCCCGGCACGACUCAAACCAACGGCCAAGGUGACCCACAGGCUGCAGGUCAGAGUGGACAGGCAGAUUACACCAAGGCCUGGGAGGAAUAUUACAAGAAAAUGGGUCAACAGAGUCAACAACCUCAGGACUACACGAAAGCCUGGGAGGAGUAUUACAAGAAACAAGGUCAAGCAGCCCCUCAGGCCACAGCAGCAGCAGCAGCAGCAGCAGCCUCCCAGCCCGGAGGCCAGCCGGACUACAGCGCCGCCUGGGCGGAGUACUACCGGCAGCAGGCUGCGUACUAUGGCACCGCCAACCCUCAGACGAUGGGUGCAGCACCACAAGCCCCCCAGGUACACCCCUGAUAAGAAUCUGCCCUCCACAUUCACUUAAUACUCAGUUGUUUUGUGCCGUAACCCCCCUUCCCUCCUCAGGUUUCCACAGGGCUCCAGUGGCUGCAGCAGCUGCACAAACCUAACCAAAACCGUUUCCUCCCCACACAGGUUUUUAGCUUUUUAUUUUGGGAAGCUGAGUCCACUGUUUCUGCUGUUAACAUGCAAUGUAUCUUCUAUGUAUUUCUUCUGCACAGGGCCAGUAAUGUGAAGUGGACAUAAAGUAAAUGCUACAUUGUCGAAACAAAAUCCUUUGUUAAAUGUUUGGAUGCAGACGCCUUGAUGAAGAUCUUAAAUUUCCUUGGUUUGAAAGUGUUUCACAUAGAUGGCAGAUUUCCCGGCGAACACGUCCUCUUUCUUUUCUUUCUUUUUUUUCUUUUUCUUGUAAAUGCUUUGUUUUUAGUGAGGUAAUUAUACAUAUAGUCAUUCCAGCCCUGUAUCUACAUUAAAUGUGGUUAGAACUCAUGUUUAUUGAACUGUUGACAUUACCAUGUAAAUCAUCUCAGUUUUAAAAUGCUAUUGCCUGUUGUGUUUUUGCAAUAAAACAAACUGAAACCUCC